GUCUUUGCCGCCAAAGAAUCACAACAAAAACAUUAUUGAGUUUGUUAGCCAAUUUUGCUCACAAUCCGUUCCGCACUUUUACGUCACUUUAAUCAUCACUAACAAAAAUUACUUGGACACAUAAAUAUCUCAUUUUCGCUCUUAACCUCGUAUUCCGCCAAAAUUUAGAAUAUGGAAGGCUUUUUAAAGACUGGAAAGCUUGGAUCUAAUGCAGGCUCUUCUGGAAAAAGCAGAGCCAAAGCAGAUGCUGACGAGAGGAGGUCCAAGGCGCCUUGGGUAGAAAAAUAUCGACCAAAAACCGUGGAGGAAGUUGUCGCUCAGCCAGAGGUUGUGUCUGUGUUGCAACAAGUUUUGUCAAAGGGUGCUGAUCUUCCCAACCUUUUACUCUAUGGCCCACCCGGUACUGGCAAAACAAGUACGAUUAUGGCAGCAGCAAGACAAUUAUUUGGUAGUUUAUAUAAAGAGAGGGUUUUGGAGCUGAAUGCCUCUGAUGAAAGAGGCAUCCAGGUCAUCAGGGAGAAGGUCAAGCAAUUUGCUCAGUUGGCAGCCAGUUCUGAAAGACCAGAUGGCAAAAAAUGCCCAGGAUUCAAAAUUGUUAUUCUGGACGAAGCUGACUCAAUGACCAAACAAGCACAAUCUGCACUUCGUCGCACAAUGGAGAGAGAAUCCAAAAGCACAAGAUUUUGUCUUGUCUGCAACUAUGUCUCAAGGAUCAUCGAGCCCAUCACUUCCAGAUGUGCCAAAUUCCGCUUCAAGCCUCUGAGCAAGGAGCAACUGAUUGGGCGUCUGGAAAUGAUCGCCAAAGAAGAAGGGGUAGCAGUUGGCGACGGUGCGAUUGAAGCUGUCAUCACCACGUCAGGUGGUGAUCUUCGAAGGGCGAUCACCUGCUUGCAGUCUUGCUCCCGACUGAAAAACAAGGGACUGCCUGUGGAAAAGGGAGAGGUUGUUGAAUUAAUGGGAGUUGUCCCGGGCAACUGGAUCCAUAAGCUCUUGGAGGUCACGGCGACGAAAAAUUACGACAAGGUGGACGCCUUUGUAAACAACAUUCUCUUAGAGGCGUACUCAGCCUCACAGAUCAUGCUGCAACUGCACGAUCGCAUUCUCGACAAAGACGACUUGAAUGACGAGUCGAAGGCAGUUGUUUGCGAAAAAAUUGCUAUUUGCAUGGCUGCGCUUGAGAGAGGAGCUGAUGAGUACCUGCAGUUGAUGGCACUGGUGUGCACAAUGAUGUAUGUUUUUUAAUGGGAGCGUCUGGAAAACAAAAUCUGAUUCCAUUUUUUCAGCAUGAAUGUUCUUGUAUUUGUAACUCUUUUUGCAGAAAGUUGAUUCUUAAAAUACACAAAUUUAAGUCUCCAAAA